UUUGCCCCUUAUUGUAACCCCCUUCAAAUCGCAGCCUUACCUACGAAGAACUGCACUUUGAAGAGGCCAUUUUCAGGACGACCGACGACUUUCUUCAAUCUCCCAUCACAAGGAACGCCUCCAUUUAAGACCUAACCGAGAACUUGAAUCGCCAUCCCUUCUGAUCUAGAAAGAUUUGUUUCCAAGUGUUGAGAAGCGAAGAUGGUGAAGGGGAAGAUUGCGAUCCGAAAGAUUAAUUGCUCGAAGAGCAGGCAAGUGACUUUCUUCAAGAGAAGGACUGGGCUCAUGAAGAAGGCAAGGGAGCUCUCCAUUCUUUGCGACGCUGAAAUUGGUGUCAUCAUCUUCUCUUGCACUGGCAAACUUUACGAGUACGCAAGCACCAGCAUGAGUUCAGUUAUCGAAAGGUAUAACAAAAUGAAGCAAGAUAAUCAGCAACAAUCAAUUACCACUGAGGAGAUCCAGUUUUUGAAAAAGGAGGCGGAGAGCUUGAUGCAACAGCUGAGGUGUGUGCAGGAAUGCAACAGGCGACUGAUGGGAGAAGAGAUUUCUAAACUGAGUUUGGAGGACUUGAAAAAUUUGGAAAAUGUCUUAGAAAUGGGUUUGAAAAAUGUCCGCUCGAGGAAGGACCAGAGUUUCAUGGAAGAAAUGCGCGAGCUAAAGAGAAAGGUUGAAGAAGUUGAACAAGAAAAUGUAGAAUUGCGGAAGAAGUCGAGAGUCGGAAGUCGAGAUCAUAGAGAAUCAAAGGGGGAGUUUUCUGGCGAAAGUAGCUCAAGUAAAGAUACGAGCAAGAUUGGUGCUCACGCAAUACCGUUUAAAGAUGAGAUGCCUGAGCGUAUCCUUCUCCAGUUAAGCUUGCAACCAAAGUCCCAUCUUUUGGAUGCGCAAAAAACUGCAAGUGGAUAGCGAUUGUCAUGGCCGUCGGGGAACGCUGGGUAUGCUUCUCUACAGAUGAAUUCCUACGACGGUGUACUUACAAAUAAUAGUGGAUCCAAGUGGUGUAGAAUUACAUUUUCUCAGACGACGUAUACAUUUUUCAUACAUUUAACCUUAGAAUUAGCUAUAGUGUUACACCCAUGUCAAAUGAAACGAACUAUUGUGUUGAAUUGGUUCUGCCAUAUAUACUUGCUCAAUAAAUGUGAAUACUACACAUUAUA